AUGAGCCUGCUGGGUAGUCAGGGCAUCAGCACUGUGUUCCUCCAUAUGAGCCCGCUGGGUCAGUCAGGGCAUCAGCACUGUGUUCCUCCAUAUGAGCCCGCUGGUACGGCAAAGUGUGUGCAUGACUGUCCCCACGGCUAUUUCGGCGUCCGUGGCCAGGAGGUGAACAGGUUGCAGAAGGGCGGCCCUGGCUCUGUUACAGAAUGUGGGACCACGUGCGAGAGCUGCUUCAGCCAGGACUUCUGCAUCCAGUGCAAGAGGCGGUUUUACCUGUACAAGGGAAAGUGUCUGCCCACCUGCCCACUGGGCACGGCAGCCCAGCAGAGCACGCGGGAGUGCCAGGAGGAGUGUGAACUGGGCCCCUGGGGCAGCUGGAGCCCCUGCAUGCAUCACGGGAAGACCUGCGGCUCGGCCUGGGGCCUGGAAACCCGGGUACGAGAAGCCGGCCACGCGGAACAGGAGGAAGCAGCAACCUGCCAGGUGCUGUCAGAGUCGAGGAAAUGUGCCAUCCGGAGGCCCUGCCCAGGAGAGAGAAACCCCAGCCCGAAGAAGGGCCGGAGAGACCGGCGCCCGCGCAAGGACAGGAAGACGGACCGCCAGCUGGACGUGAGGCCCCGCCGGCCGCAGGCCUGA